AUGUGUGACACAGGAGAAGGACUAUUCAUCUUUCAGACCAGAGAUGGGGAAGCAAUCUAUCAGAAGGUUCAUUCGGCUGCUUUAGCCAUAGCAGAACAACAUGAGCGCUUGUUGCAGAGUGUGAAAAAUUCCAUGCUGCUUGAGUUACAACUCCCCUCAGGGGAAGCAGUGCUAGCCCAGGACCAGGGCAGCACCAAGCUUCAGAUGAAAAUGAGUGAGCGAGCCGUGUCCCUCAGCACCAUGGUGCCCUUACCCCGCAGCGCCUACUGGCAGCACAUCACACGACAGCACAGCACUGGCAAGCUCUAUGGUCUGAAAGAUGUUUCUAGCCCAGUGAAGCUUCAUCGCACGGACACUUUUCCAACCUACAGGUCAGACCAUCGAUAA